AUGUCGCUCCCUCCCGAAAAGCUCAGCAUCAAGCGACGCCGCGAUGAAGACCCUGUUGACAAACUAUACAUAGAUGAAGCCCAACCUCUGACGAAGCGUCUGAUUACCCGUCGGUUUACCGAUUAUUACUUCCAGCGUCUUCCCGCGGAUACUCCCACGGAUGGUGCCCCCAAAGAAGAAGCUGGUCCCCAGAACACUCAGAGAGUACUGCGUACCCCUAGAUCUGUCAGCAGCUUGAACAUUCCCAAUCCCCGGGCAUCACGCGCUUUCAAGGCGAGUGGUGUACCAAUAGUUCGGGCAACUGCCCCUGGGGACGAAUUUCGUGAUGCUCAGCGCAUUUUAAAUGCCCGGAAUGAGGCUGCUGAAAAACGGAAGAACGCUUUGAACUCCACCCCUGAUCAUGUUGUUCCAAAAAUUGAUAACUCUUCGGGAAUUGAGUUUAAUACAGCCGAUGCUCAGCCUAAUAUUCCCGGAGGGUCUGUUGUGCGCCGCUUUAGAAUUACCCCUUCCACCGGCGCAAACUCGCUGGGGUCGCUACGAGGUCCAUCUGGGGGCAUUCAGAAAAAUAAGGCUCAAAAUACCGGCUCUGGAAUCGCUGUUCUUGUAGAACAGGAGCGCAGAUCAAACUCGCGAAACGCACCGAUGACUGCAUACUUGAAUCAGCAAGUGGAUGAAGAUGCAACCGCUAAGGAAGCUCUAAAUUCUCUCAAUUCUGUCAAUGCUACGGUGGAGUCGGUCCUGCAGGGCUCGCUCAGGAAGCGACCUGUUGUCAACCAGGCAGAACUUAAAUGGAGGCAGGAGCAGCAACGCACUGUGUCUGCUGCAAAGACUAAUAUUGCGUCAACCUUUGAAAAGACAGCGCGUGCGAAGAACACUACCUGGGAUGAACAUGCAGAUCGUCUUGCAGAGGAGUUCGAGCAAGUUGCGCUCGAUAUUGAGCAACGGGACAAAGCCGCAUUGAGCCCUCUCCGACAGGUUGCAUCACCUCAAGCCCCCAAGUACUUUGCUUCGAAGCAGAAGCAACACAAAUUCAAGCCACACCCACCAACAAAACCAAGGCCAAUGGAAUGCGAGGACGACUGGGUCUACGACGUGUACAUCCGACGACCAAUGACAGAGGGCGAUGGGCUUAAGAACCCACUGGCAGAAGUUCCAGACCAAACGAGCAAGGCAGUUGACUCCGGUGUCGGUGUCAUUAUGAUCACACCCGAAGACCAAGAGCUCUGGGACGAUUUCGCCGAAGAAGACGAGGACGAAAAAUGGGACAGUGAGGAUGCAGACUCAAACGCCGAGGACAACCCGGCAAACGACUACCCUGAUGAGUCGUCUGAGGACGACGAGUGGACCGAGGACUCGACUGCAAAGGAAUGGAGAAAUCACUACAAUAGGGGUCUUCAAGGCCGUUCAAACCCUCUGCGUGAGGAGUACGAUUGCGAAGAGGAAUAUGAUUUCGCAUGUGACGAUUAUGAUGAUGGCGUUCAAUUUUCAGGCUGGCGAGAAGAUCCUGAUUAUGACUCCAAUGUCGAGAGCCCCUAA